CUCGAGCGGGCGCCACCUCCGGGCGCUCCCCGCGGCCGCCACACCUCACCCUCGGACGGUUCCGUAGCCCUCGGACGUCAAGGUCAAGGCUUAGGAAGUAGGAGCGCUCUGUUUCUCACCUGCCCAGGUGCCUUCGCGGGGCCGAGGGAUGGCGAUGCCUAUCAAGCCCGCGGGAUGUGCGGCCGAGUUCAUCGGGAUGUUCGUCUUCGUGGCUUUUUGCUGCGGCACUGCCACCGGCGUCGCAGGGACCAGCGGGUGGGUUCAGCAGGUGGCGCUGACGUUCGGGUUCUGCAUCUUCGUGCUCGCGAGCGCCCUCGGGCGAUGGGGGCUCCACUGCAACUGCGCGGUGACGUUCGCGCUCGCGACCGCCAAGCUCUUUGGCAUCGGGGACAUGGGCAUUCUCCAGGCGGCCGUGAACCUCGUCUUCCAGGUCCUCGGCUCCGUCGCGGGGGCGGCGCUAGUUGCACUCAUCAAGGAGACGGACAGCGACAGGACUCCAGACGGCGUGCCUGGCGGAGGGGCACUCGGCUCCAACAUGCUUGCGGCCGACAUCGGCAUUGGGGAGGCCCUCGCAGGUGAAGCUUUGGGUACCUUCCUGCUCGUGUUCAUGGUGCUGCAGGCCGUCGUGGACAAGACGAAGAACGUCACGAUGCCCCUGGCCAUCGGCGUGGCCGUCUAUCUCGCCCACUCCAUCCUUAUCCCGAUCGACGGGUGCUCCAUCAACCCGACCCGAACCAUCGGGCCUGCGCUCGUCGCGACGUUUCUCCUUGACAGGGUCACCGAUGAGGUCAGCGACAAGAUCUGGGAGCACAUGUGGGUCUUCUGGGCGGGCCCGCUCUGCGGGGCGCUCUUGGCGGUCCUCGCCCACGUGGUGAUGCACACGCUGCCGGGGCAGCCCGACGCGGAUAAGGAGAAGGGAGAGGACAGCCUCAAGGACGACGUCGACACGUCGAUCUGAGCGAAGAUCUCCGCGGAUUGAACGUCUGCCGGUCUUGCACGAAGACCACGAGGAAGCGAACGACGGGGACGCCAACGAACGGCGCAUUGCGAGAUACAGAGUGGAGCACGGGCUCUGAGGUCAGUAUUGGCCUCCACCGCGCGCUGGCAAAGACAACGGCGCGCUCCCCUACAGCCCCACGCCAACCAGGGCGUCGACGCAGCGCGCCCGCCUCGACAUUUUUGGGGCUCAGCGGCGAGACAUGUGUGCCCUCGUAUUGCAGGCUAUGGCGUCCUCCUCCUCCUCCUCCUCCUCCUCCUCCUCCUCCUCCUCCUCCUGCGCCUCAUGAUGUUGCCCUUGCCCCCUCUGUUCUUCAGCCGCGUACGAGCAGAUAGCUUUUCAUUGUGCUGCAUCCGAUUUGCAGCGCAGCGCAUCCCGCACAGGGUCUGCAGGGCAAUCUCGUCAGCAGGCACACGUCUCGCAUCUUGAGGAGCUCGCACACGGCCCGGCCCAUGCGUGCCUCUGACCAGACUGACUUGCAUGCGCUCUUCAGCGGUGUGAGAAAAACAAGUCGCCCCUCGGACGCCCCGCGCCCGGCGUUCGCCUCUGCCCCGGCGUUCGGCGAGGCCUCGGGGGGGGGGGGCGUCGAGCCGACCGUGCUCGUCUUGAGGGUCUCGGUUUUGAGCUCGAGUCUGAGUUGCUCGAGUCUCCUCCCAUCUGCUUCCCCUUCGACGUCGCCGUGCAUUUCGUGAAUCGGGCUGUGGAUUCUCUGCUGCUUCAACAGUUGCCUGAUAUGGGUACCCGGCACGCGCGAGUCGGCACCUGCGCCAGAGGACAUCGAUGUCGUCUCGAAUGUAGGCGAGAGGCGAAGUCGACAGGCUGUGAAUGCGGGGAUGUGAAUAUGGAGAGUUGGGAC